CGUUUGACGGGCUUUCGAUUGUGUGGCCUGGGAAUAUACGUCACUGAGCGCGAGCGGCAACGUUCAAACACAGAGGAAGAGCGGAGCUCGAGGCGGCCAGAAGCGGGCCGGACCGUGACGCGAAGCAAUGGCCGGGACGAAGAUCCACGACGAGCAGAGCUUAAACCUGUACAUGCAGGAAUUCCGGACGAAAUUUAUCAACAGUAACGACGACGUCACCAUCCAGGAAAUAAAGGAUCCGUACAAAGAAUCAUUGAAAAAAUUAACAGAUGUCUGGUCCAAAAAAUAUAGAGAAGGAGAGCUGAUGACUGACAAGGUCCUGGAAUUUAGAAAUGAAAUCAGUCUGCAGAACAAACGCGUCGAGGAAAAGCAGGAGCAAAUUUUACAAGAGAUUGAAAAAAUAAAAGAAAACGAAAGUACGCACCGAGAUUUGACCGAGCACAUCGAGAAGUUAAAGGAAGAAUUACAUCGGAAAAGAGAGCUGGCCUUGGCUAACAAAAAAGCCAAUAAGGACAGGCUAAAGGAACUACAAAAAUCGGCAACUUUGUUCAAGGAACGUCUUGGGCUCGAGAUCCGGAAACUGAGAGGCGAUAAACUGCAGUUUGUCUUCAGAUGCAUUAACCCCAAAGACCUGGAUGAGCCAUAUUCCUGCAUCAUUUUCUUUAAUGAGGAUGGAGAGUAUGAAGUUACAGGGUGCGACCCCCCGCUGGACUGCAUUGCCGAAUAUCAGCAAAAAGUGCGAGAAACCAAGAACUUCUCAGCCCUUCUCGCCAACCUCAGAAAGGCGUUCACUGCAUUAAGUUCCCAAGGAAAAUAAGUCCUGCCUGUAACGACCGUAGAUCGGCCCUUUCUGUGGCCCACGGCUGGGAGAGUGUAUGGAGAAACUGUCCUGCGAUAAAGGUAUUGUCCAUUCGGCAUUUACACGACGCGAGCCGAUUCCCUGACGUUUUAGGGGAAACCGCUUUCUCCAUCCCGCUAAGUUUUUCAACAUUUUGUAUUUAUAAUGUCUGUAGCCUAUUCUUGUUAUUAUUGAUAUCAUUAAACUUACCUAUUU